UAAGUUUCUGCUUUUAAAUACAUGUAGGGUUUUCCAUUAGUGUAUGCACUAAUGUCCAGGAAAACUGAACAAGCAUACAAAGCGCUUUUUAUAUACAUCAAAACUAUUGAACCUACUUGGCAACCAACAACUGUCAUGACAGACUUUGAACGCGCUUCUAUCAAUGCCAUACAUUCCGUUUUUCCUACAGCCAGAAUUGUAGGUUGUUGGUUUCAUUCGUCACAAUGUAUAUGGCGAAAAAUUCAAGAACUUGGACUAACCAAUUUAUACAGGGAAAAUAGGAAAGUCCAUGAUUUAUUUCGAAUGGUAAUGGCAAUUGCGUUGUUGCCAAACCAAAAAUUGGAUGAAGGUUUUGAAGUAGUCAGAAGGAUGUACCAUACAAAUAUUAAAAACUUGAUUGGUCCAUCUGAAAAUCAAAACAUUAAUGAAUUCUUUGAAUAUUAUAGGAGAACAUGGUUGACUGGUAAUUUUAAAAUAUAA